AGUAAUUUAAAUAGAGAAGUUAGACAUAAGCUUCAAGAUGGAAGCGUUUUCAAAUUGGUUUUGGCAAGAUUAUUUUUGGUUACCUCAAGGAGUGUCCUUCAGAGAUUUGAAAGAUCGUCCAGGAUUCGUUUAUGCCAAACCAAGGGAUUUAUUUUACGUUCCAGUUGUCGGACUUGGAAUUUAUUUUGUUAGAAUUAUAUAUGAAAGGUUUAUUGCACUGCCAUUAGCAAAGAGAUUUGGGGUUUCAGAUGGGAAGGAAAGAAAACCAGCGCAACCUAAUAAACAAUUAGAAGAAUAUUUCAACUUUAAAUCAAAACAUCCAACUGAGGCAGAAAUUGACGGCCUUUCAAAACAAUUGGAUUGGUCAACGCUCGCAAUCAAACGAUGGUUCAGAAGGAAAAGAAAUUUAAGUCGACCGAGUCUACAAACGAAGUUUUGCGAAGCGAGUUGGCGAUGUAUGUUCUACACUUUGGUCUUUACUUUUGGAAUGGGAACACUAUGGCAGACUCCAUGGUUUUGGGAUAAUUUGCAAUGCUGGGUUGACUACCCCCGUCAAUCUGUCGAACAAUCAACUUAUAUAUAUUAUAUGCUGGAAGCAAGUUUUUAUGUUUCUUUGCUGUUUACAGUUAUGCAAGAUGUCAAAAGAAAGGACUUCAAAGUUCAACUGAUCCAUCAUGUUGCGACGUUAUUUCUGAUUGGGUUUUCAUAUGCCGCAAACUUCGUGAGAGCCGGAACGCUUGUCAUGGCCGUCCAUGAUAUUUCAGACAUUUUCCUAGAAGGGGCAAAGUGCUUUAUUUAUAUUAAAUGGAAUAAUUUUGCUGACACCUUGUUCAUCUUUUUUGCACUUUCUUUUCUUAUAUCAAGACUGGUUAUUUUUCCUUUUUGGAUUAUUCAUACCACAUACAUAAAGAGCAUGUGGUUAUUCGACCCGUACCCAGGAUAUUAUUUCUUCAACGCUUUGUUGAUGGUGUUGCAAGUCCUUCAUAUAUUCUGGUCCUACUUAAUAUUACGUAUGGCAUUUUUUAUGGUGACUGCUGGAAAGGUAAGGGUUGAAAAGGAUGAUCGUAGUGACGUUGAGGAAGUGUCAACAGACGAGGAUACACCCAACCAUGAACAGAAUUCUAUCAACCAUGACAAGAAAUCAACCAUGCAGAACGACAACCAUACGGCAACGAAAAACGGGCCUACAACAAAAGCUAAACACAGAAAAUAAUAUUUUUUUGGCUCUUUCUAAAAUGCCAAAUUUAAAUAUUAGAAUUACCUCUCAUAAGACUAAACAUUCUGCCAUAUUUGCUGCUUACAAACUGCUCUUGUAACUAUGGUAACUAUGUCAGAUAAUCGCAGAUUUCUGUUAUAUCCAAUACUUUUCCUUAAAACCACGCCAAUUAUUUGUACAAUCAAAUUUAUUUGAACCUAUCAUUAUUGACUAAUAAUUUACCCCUAUUACUGCUUAUUUGUCUAAGUAUGGAGAAUAUUUGCAGUGUAUAUCAGUAUACUCCACACUUUAAAAAAAUGAAAAUAGUUUUACUUAUCAAAUAUUAUCAGUGGGUGUUUAUCUAUGCCUUAUCUUUUAUCUGCUGAUAAGUAUACAGUUGAUAACAGUGUUAGAUAACCAUCAUGAUUUAAUAUUGUGGGAAACAAGUUUGAAAUGGCACAAAAAACUAAGCAUAACAGGAAAUAUUUCACAUUUAUAUCUUAAAUAUAAUUAUUUGAUAAGUAUGUAACUGAUAGAUAAGAACUCAGAUAAGGCUAUAUUUGAGUUUGAUUGGUUUUUCAGAACAUAAUAAUGUAUCAGUGGUUUAUCUAAUUGUGAUAAGCAUUGAUAAUCCUCUAAAUAAUUAUUUGGGCAUUAUAGAUAACACACCCUUUAACUAUUUUGAUAACUGGCUCUCAUCAAACUUACUUUUUAUUUUUUUUACUUUUAUUCCAAUGAAUAGAAAACUACAUGACAGAAUGGAAUCUAAUUCAAUCACUUCAAAAUAUUAUGUUAAUUUUACAUGAUUUUUUGUAGCCUUUAUUAAUCAAUUUAAAAUCAGUCUCCUUCAUUUAAAAUCAUGAUUACUUGAUAAAAUGUGACAUGGGGUCAGUAUUGCUUAAUCACUUCACUUUUUGACCUUGGAAAAGCUUUCAACAUGAGAGGUCACAUUUUUACUGGGCUAUCUGGGAAAAUGAUUUGAACAAAGUCACACUAAAUCUUACUUUAAGUUAUGAAAAGUAAAAUAUUCACCAAAGGAUGUAUAACAAUUUCUAUGAUGAGGAUUUACUCAAAAGAAAAGAUACUCACACUCACUCUGAACUGCUAAAAGUCUCUCGUUAACUGAAAUUUACUGGAUUUUAAUUUACCACCAUAAGUCUUUAUAUUUGCUAUGCUUGGAGGCACGAGACUUUUCUUUGAGAAAAAUCUUAAAAAAA